UGAACUGAUGCCCGUGCCGUAGCUUCAAGGAUACUUUCUCCUAAAUGCAUAUGAAAUUUCUUCAAAAAAACUAAAUGCAUAUGAAAUGAAGGUGCACCCACGCAGGAAAUUAGGAACUGGGAUAUUCUGCCAUUGAGAAAAAGCGUGUCGGCAUCCCAUUUCAGGAAAAUGGGAAAUUCAGUCAAAGCUAUAAGUUGAAAUUUUCAAUUUGAUUUGUUCUAGAUAAAGGUUAUCAAAUUUGGUUUGAUAACCCAGAUGAUUUUCUCUUGAUUUCCAUAUCAAUGAAGAAAUGAAGAAGAAGAAGCUGAAGAUAAGCCUGAAAGUGAGCAUCUUGAGAUGAAAACGACAAAUCUUUUCUAAAGCUUCUAUUAUUGACUUUUAAACACUUUGCAAGUUGACUUAAUAUUCUUCGUUCUGAGGAUUUUAGUUUCAGAAAGCGAAAUGCCAGUUCUCUCUUUGUUCUUUCUCUCUCCCUCUCUCUCUCUCUCUUCUGCAAAUUUAAUGGCUGGCUGGUUUUGAGAUAUAGGGACAUUCCAUUUCAUAGUUCAUAUUGGUAGGAAGCAAAAGAAAGAAGUUAGUUUGAUCAAGUUGGGAGACUCAGCAGAUAAAUCAUGUCAUUUCAAGUCUUUCCAGUGUGAGUGGUCUCACCAAGCCCAGGCGCGAACUAAUUACAGCACACAAUGGUGUUGUUGCCACCGAUGAUGGCCGAUGUUCAAGAAUUGGGAGAGAUGUUCUACAGGAAGGAGGUAAUGCUGUAGAUGCAGCCGUUGCGGCUGCCCUUUGCUUAGGUGUUGUCAGCCCGGCAUCUAGUGGCCUUGGGGGUGGUGCCUUCAUGCUGAUCAGAUUAGCUAGUGGGAAUGUAGAAGCUUUGGAUAUGAGAGAAACUGCUCCAUUACGAGCUUCCCAGAAUAUGUAUUGUGGAAAUUCUGCCGUAAAAGCUAGUGGUGCACUUUCUAUAGCAGUUCCAGGGGAACUUGCUGGCCUUCACAAAGCUUGGAAACAACAUGGGAGGCUUCCAUGGAAAAGGCUAGUAAGGCCAGCAGAAUAUCUUGCUCGAAAAGGGUUCAAGAUAUCUCCAUAUCUCUACAUGCAGAUGAAUAAAUCAAAUUCAGGGAUCUUCGCUGAUAAGGGACUUCGUAAUAUUUUCACAUCAAAUGGGAAACUACUUCAGCCAGGAGUUAUCUGCCAAAAUAGAAAACUAGCUCAGACACUCAACACCAUUUCAAAAUAUGGCCCAGAUGCAUUCUAUAAUGGUUCAGUCGGGUACAAUUUAGUUAGAGAUGUUCAGAAGUUUGGAGGAAUACUAAUCAUGCAAGACCUGGAAAAGUAUCAAGUUAAAGUGAAGAAGCCAAUCUCUGCAAAUAUCUCGGGCCUUGAGAUACUAAGCAUGCCACCUCCAUCCGGUGGUGCUGCAAUGAUACUUGUUUUAAACAUUCUUGCUCAAUAUGGAUUCCCUCUGGGUGUUUCUGGCUCACUGGGGAUCCAUCGGGAAAUUGAAGCAUUGAAACACGCAUUCGCUGUGAGGAUGAAUCUUGGUGAUCCUGAUUUCGUUAAUGACUCAAAAGUUCUAUCUGAUAUGCUCUCCCCCAAGUUUGCAGAAGAGUUGAAGAAGACAAUAUUUGAUAAUAUGACUUUUGGUCCCAGCCAUUAUGGUGGCAGGUGGAACCAGAUCUAUGACCAUGGGACCAGUCAUAUGUCCAUAGUAGAUAGUGAGCGAAAUGCUGUCUCCAUGACUAGCACUGUAAACUACUACUUUGGUGCACAGUUUUUAUCACCAAGUACCGGAAUAGUGCUUAACAAUGAAAUGGACGAUUUCUCAAUGCCUGUCAAUGCUUCUUCUGGUCUUCCACCAUCUGCUCCUGCCAAUUUUAUUAGACCAGGCAAAAGGCCAUUAUCUGCUAUGACACCUACCAUUGUCCUCAAGGACAAGCAACUGAAAGCAGUCAUUGGUGCAAGUGGGGGAGCCAUGAUCAUUGCUGGAACAGCAGAGGUGUUCUUGAAUCAUUUCGCCAAGGGAAUGGAUCCAAUCUCUUCUGUUAUGGCUCCGAGGUUUUAUCAUCAGCUUAUCCCCAAUGUGUUAAUGUAUGAGAAUUGGACAACUGUCAUGGGUGACCACUUUGAAGUUCCAGCUCAUACAAGGGCAGCCCUACAAAAGAAGGGUCAUGUCCUACAGAGCCUUGCUGGUGGGACUAUAUGCCAGCUUGUAGUGCACAGAUUGGAAGGUUUGGAAUCAAAAGGAGGGGUAAUCUUUGGGGAGCUUGCAGGUGUAAGUGAUCCAAGAAAAGGGGGCAUUCCUGCUGGCUUUUGAACUGUGAGAUAGUUUUUGAAAUCAAAAUAGUAGAGAAGUUAAGACAUUGUCAUUCCUACCAUCUCUGGAAGGUUAUUAUUUCCACUUUACUGGUUUAGCCAUUGGUUUGAACCAAUUCAACCUAUGAUUCUGCGACUUUUUAGCAAUGUUUGUAGUACAGUUACCUGUGUCUACCAAUUCUACCAGAUGAUCAGGUUCUGCAACGAAAUUAGACAGUUCAUUCAAUUUCAUGGAGAUCCAGUGCCUAACAAGUACCUCGAUGCAAUAGUAAGGUUGCUCCAUUACGAUUUAA